CAACGCAAACAUCUUAACAGCACUCAUAAGUUUUCUCUAUAGAACCACACCUUCAUCAGCUAACCAUGAGACGACGGAAUUUUCGUGAUUAUUUUCAUUUUAAUGAGGUUUUGUUGAAGCUUACCGGUUUAUUGCCUUUUAAAUUGGGAUACGAUUGUUUGGCCUUAUCGAUUAGUAUCAUAACUAUUUUCGCAUGUAUUUUCGUGUUCGGUCCGGGAUUCUGGGCAUUAAUUUUUCGCUGGAACAAUAUUACCCCACCAGAAAUAAUAGCUAUUGUGCGCGAGGAAAACGUCUACGUAGUUUCCGCGAUAAAAGCUUGCAUUUUGAUACUGAAACGUCACGAGCUCUACAGAUUGACAGAAAGCUGCGAAAAGUUAUGGCGACACGUAGAAACUGAGAGAGAUUUGGUGAUUGUGGAGGGCUACGCCAAACGAGGAUUGUAUCUUUCUUAUGGUUUCGCCGCAAAUUGUUUUGUCGGAGUAUCCUCUUGUUUGAUUACACCAUUGUUUGAAAGUUUUGUCUUAAAUGAAAAUGGCACUGUAAUCAAAAGUAUCGUGUUACCCUAUUCAGCUGGAAUGUUUCACGAAAACGUGAAACAGUUUUAUAUCUGGUAUGCUUUCCAAGUGCCAACAGCCUGCCACAGCGUACUAGCCAUGGUGGCCAUCGACACUGGACUUUCUUUUUAUGUUUUGCAUGCUUGCGCUCAUAUGAGAUUAUGCCAAGAAUUCUUUCAACGAAUAAACGAAGACAGUACUCUUGGUAAAGAUUUAGAGCUUGAUGAAAUCGAAUGGAAUAAAAGAAAACAGAAUUUUUUUCGACAUGUCGUCAAAAGUGUGUCCUUUCAUAAGGAAGUACUUCGAUAUUCGGAUGAUUUGGAGAAAAUUUACGCACCUGUUAUCCUCAUUCAAACCCUGCAAGGAGUCGUAGCGAUUUGUGGCUACAGUUUUGGCACUUUGCUCGGAGAAGAAACGGAACGUCCAAGGAGUGCAGCUUGCGUGUUAGCUGUGACAUUUCAAUUACUUUUAUUGUGUUGGCCACCGGACGCUCUUCAGGAUGAGAGCAUGAAGGUGGCUGACGCAGCGUACGAUCUUCCGUGGUACGACUGGACGAAAAAGGAAGGAAAGCUCGUCUGUAUGAUAAUAGCUAAAUCCCAAAGACCCGUUUUAUUAACAGCCAAACAAUUUGCAAUCAUAUCUCUUCUGACCUUCACAUUUAAUCUUCAAAAAGAUAAGUUUGAGAGAUCGACUUGGAACAUGCUUGCUACUGUUUUUAUAUUGUUUCCAAAACGCAAGAAGCAUUACGCGUUAUUGAAAAGUUGUGAGAGGUUGUGGAGGCACGUUGAGUGUGAAAGAGAUUUGGCAAUCGUUGAAGAAUACGCCGAGCAAAAAUUACAAGUUAUGUACAUUUAUUUAAGUUGCGCCUUCGGCAUAGUAAUGUGCUUUUUAACCGCACCGUUAUUUACGAGUUUCGUAGUAGCCGCUAACGGUACAGUUUUGAUAAGUAAAAGUCUGCCAUGGUCAACUGGAAUAUUUCACGAUAACGUGAUGAAAUUUUAUAUCUGGUAUGCUCUUCAAGUGCCGGCAACUUUGAGCGCCAUUAUAGGAAUUGCUGCCAUCAACACUGCACCGCUCUUUUACGUUAUGCAUGCUGGCAUUCAUAUGAGACUAUGCCAAAAAAAUUUUGAGAGCGUAACCGAAAAAACAAUGUUUGAAAAACCUUUGACGAGGAACAAUAGUACUUGGAAUGUAAUGAGAAAUAAAUUUUUCCAACAUGUCGUUAGCGGUAUCGUGUAUCACUCUGAAAUUUUGCAAUAUUCUAAAGACGUCGAAGAAACUUUUCAAUCUAUCAUCUUUGCAGAGAUAUUUACAGCUCUCGUAACCACUGGUGGUUACUGUUUCCUCAGUCAAGUCGUGGCCAAAAAAGACCUUCCAAAAAUGGCAUUUUGCAUGUCGGGAUUAGUAGUUCAAAUGUUCAUAUUGUGUUGGCCACCAGACUCGCUUCGAGACGAGAGUUUCAAAAUCUCACAUGCAGCGUACAAUCUCGAUUGGUACGAAUGGACGAGACAAGAAGGCAAACUCAUUUAUAUUAUAAUAGAAAAAUCACAGAAACCUUUAGUCAUAACGGCGAACAAAAUGGUCGUCAUUUCAUUGGAGACAUUCGGAUGGGUACGUUGACAAACCCCUCAUUGAAUAAUCAUAUUGUUCCAUUCGUUCUACGUUUAGUUAUAUUAUUCUGUUCUUUGUUCACCUCUUCAGCUUCUGAAAUCAGCGUU